AUGCGAGAGGCCGCUUGGCACACUAAGGAAGGGAGUUAUCCCAACAGCAUCUGCGAAUGCUUUAAUUGGAAAGAGUACAACAGAAACUGCGAGAAUGCAGCUCAGCAGCUACGUUUACGGCGCAAACAGGCUCACAUCACGAUUACUGGAUUAGCAGAUACAAAAAUUACAGAUGCGGCAGCAGAGGUGGAGCUAGUCAUAAGAUCAAUCUACAACCCACAUGCGAAAUACAAGCUGCUCGCGUCAGUAAUACCUCUAGUGAGUAAGCGCAUGCCAAUCAAACGACUGCCGUUUGAAGAGUGGACUCAUCUGAAGGGCUUACCGUUGGCCGACCCUAACUUCUUCAGUCCACAAGGAGUUGAUAUUCUGUUGGGAAAUGACGUCUACGAUGAGCUGAUGUUAGUAGAAGUGCAUCGAGGAAUACGUGGUAUGCCUCUGGCGCAAAAUACGCAUUUGGGAUACAUUGUAUCAGGAAAAACGAAUCAAGAAGGUGGUAGGAGAUCGUCGUACACCAUAACGGUACGAAGGAAGGAAGCUGAUGAGAUACUUGAACAAUUGUUAUGUAAGUUUUGGGAGCUAGAACAAUUCGACGAGGAGCCACGUGGGGUUUCAGUAGAGGAUAACUGGUGCGAAGAUUUCUUCGUUAAGACACAUAGCCGAAUGCCGUCUGGGAAAUAUGUUGUUCGUCUUCCUUUUCUUACAUACUUGGACGAAUCAAUGGUAAUUGGAGAAUCAUAUAAGAGCGCGUUAAAACGAUUACAUUCUCUGGACAGACGGUUGCGUAACGAUGCGAGUUUGAAGAACGCUUAUGUUGGCACGAUAAAUGAGUAUCUGGAGCUGGGUCAAAUGGAACGUGUAACGUCACGGGCUAGUAAGACGGGCAAUCCUGCAUUGGGGGGAGUCGAUCAUUGCUACCUACCGCAUCACCCAGUCAUAAAGGAAUCGUCAUCAACUACGAAGGUACGAGUUGUCUUCGAUGGAUCGAGCAAGACGAGUAAUGGAAAAUCGCUUAAUGAGAUUCUAGCAAUAGGUCCAAAAUUGCACGUACAUCUUCAAGGAAUCAUUCUCAAUUGGCGAGGGCUAAGAUGGGUAUUUAUGGCGGAUGUUGAAAAAAUGUACAGAUGUAUUAAUAUUCCACCCGACGACGCGCAGUACCAGCGUAUUCUAUGGAAUCCGGACACAAGUAAUUAUGUGGAAGAAUAUGCCUGCACAACGGUGAUGUUUGGAACGAGCUCCGCACCUUAUUUAGCCAUGAGAGUUAUGAAACAAUUAGCUAUGGAUGAAUGCGAGAAGUAUCCACUGGCGGUGGAUGUUAUAAAUCAUCAAAUGUAUGUAGAUGACAUACUGUCUGGUGUCGACAGUAUUGCAGAAACGGAGGAUGUCAAGAACCAAGUGAUUGGAAUGCUUCGUAGUGGUACAUUCGAACUACGGAAGUGGGCGAGUCUAUACUGGAGUCCCAAAGAAGAUGAGUUCCGUUUUGCUUUGCAUGUCGUUCCACCAAUGAGCUCACCUACAAAGAGGACAAUACUAUCAGCAAUUGCACGACUGUUUGAUCCCAUGGGAUGGCUUAGUCCGAUAAUGAUUACUGCCAAAAUUCUCAUGCAGCAACUGUGGAAGGAGAAAAUUGGCUGGGAUAGCACACUACCGGACACUAUUAAGAGAGAAUGGGAGAAAUUCGUCAGAAAAUGGGAAUGUUACCAGCAGUACGGGUACGCCCUUCUAGAGCAUUCUCAUCCGUUGGAGUGGACUACGCUGGACCCGUAA